AUGGCACCCAAGAAGAAGGGUAACAAGAAGGGCCAGGACGACUGGGAGGCCGAGCUGGGCGAGUCCAUCGCCCCAGCAAACGGAGACGGUGCCCCAGCCCCGGAGAACGGUGAUGCCGCCGGCGCCGAAGAGGAUGCUCCUGCCGCAGGAGGUCUCAUGGGUCUGAUGCGCAAGAACAAGGAGAGACGCAAGAAGAAGGGCCUCCCUGAGCUGGAAGGCGAGGACGCACCAGGCGCCGAACCAGCCGAGCCCGCUGAGCCGACCGCCGCACCAGCAGAGGCCAACAUCGAGGACGAGUUCGCCCUUCCCGAAAAGAAGGGCAAAGGUGGAAAGGGCAAGCAACAAGCCAAGCCGGCACCAGCUGCUAAGGGCGACGAUGACGAAGCGGACGCGUCUGGCAGGGUCCUCACCAAGGCCGAGAAGGAGAAACUUAAGAAGGAGCGUGAGAAGCAGAGGAAGAAGGAGAACGCCGCAAAGAAGAAGACAACAACACCGGCACCCGCGAAAGCCGAGCCCGCCAAAGCCGCCGAGAAGCAAGACGAGCCUGCUGCGGCUGUUCCAGCACCAGACGCCGGAAAGGGCGGCAAGAAGCUCCCCAAACACCUCCAACUCCUCCAGAAGCAGCAAGAAGAGCUUCGCAAGCGGGAGGAGGCCAAGGCCCAGGCCGACGCCGAGGAACGAGCCCGGCUAGAGGAAGAGGAGCGCCUUGCCGAAGAGGAAGCUAAGCGCAAGGAAGAGGAAAAGGCUCGUAAGAAGCAGAAGGAGAAGGAGAGAAUUGAGCAGCUUAAGAAGGAUGGCAAAUACAUGACCAAGGCCCAGAAGGAAGAAAAGGCCCGUAAUGAGCGCAAGCUUCAGCAGAUGCUGGCUGCUGGCAUCCAGGUUGGCGGUCUGGCUGAUGGCGAGUCGGCUAAGAAAGAGAAGCCUAAGUUUGAGAAGAAGGGCAAGGGAAAGAAGCAAGACAAGAUCGACGAGGAGAAAGCGCUCGCAGAAGCCGCUGAGCGAGCAAGAAAACAGGCCGAAGAGGCUGCCAAGAAGAAGGAGGAAGAGGAGCGUGCUGCCCGUGAGAAGGCGGAGGCUGAAGCUGCCGCAAAAGCUGCCGCGGCGAAAGAAGAAGAGAUCGAGGACGACUGGGAGGCCGCAGCGGCAUCGGACAACGAACCCAAAGACAGCUGGGACGCAGACUCUGAUGAAGAGGCAGAGAAGAAGACUCUGCCUUCAAGACCAAAGGCCGAAGAGCCCGCGGCUAAGGAAGAGGAGUCGUCCUCGGAAGAAGAGUCGUCAGAUGAUGAAGAUCUGGAGGCGCAGAGGAGGAGGGAAGCCUUGGCUAGACGUGAAAAGGUCCACCAGGCUGCUCUGGCCGCCCGAUCGAAAGACAACCUCCGAUCUCCCAUUUGCUGUAUUCUCGGACACGUCGACACCGGAAAAACCAAGCUGCUUGACAAGAUCCGUCAAACCAACGUCCAGGAGGGCGAAGCAGGUGGUAUCACUCAGCAAAUUGGUGCUACCUACUUCCCAGUCGAUGCUAUCAAGCAGAAGACGCAAGUCGUCAACCAGGAUGGCAAGUUCGAGUUCAAGGUCCCUGGUCUCCUGGUCAUCGACACGCCUGGUCACGAGUCCUUCUCCAAUCUGCGUUCAAGAGGUUCCUCCCUCUGCAACAUUGCAAUCUUGGUUGUCGAUAUUAUGCACGGCCUGGAGCCACAGACUCUCGAGUCCAUGCGCAUGCUCCGUGAGCGGAAGACACCAUUCGUGGUGGCACUCAACAAGAUCGAUCGUCUGUACGGCUGGAAGAAGAUUGACAACAACGGUUUCCAAGAGAGUCUGGCACUCCAGGGCAAGGCUGUGCAGAACGAGUUCAAGAACCGGUUGGACCAGACCAAGAUUGCUUUCGCCGAGCAAGGCUUCAACGCUGAGGUCUUCUACGAGAACAAGCAGAUGUCCAAAUACGUCUCGCUCAUUCCCACAUCAGCCCAUACUGGCGAGGGUAUCCCUGACAUGCUCAAGCUGAUUCUGCAGCUCACCCAAGAGAGGAUGGUGGGCUCGCUCAUGUACCUCUCCGAGGUGCAAGCCACCGUCCUGGAAGUCAAGCAGAUCGAAGGUUUCGGUAUGACAAUCGAUGUCAUCCUUUCCAACGGUAUCAUGCGGGAAGGCGAUAGGAUCCUAUUGUGUGGCACGGAAGGCGUCAUCAAGACGAACGUCCGAGCCCUGCUUACACCAGAGAAGCUCAAGGAACUUCGUCUCAAGUCACAGUACGUGCACAACAAAGAGGUCAAGGCCGCGCUCGGUGUCAAGAUCGUCGCACCUGGAUUAGAGAAGGCCAUUGCUGGCUCUCGUCUGUUGGUCGCAGGACCCGACGAUGACGAGGAUGACAUUGAGGACGAGCUCGAGAGCGAUCUCGAGACCUUGUUCAGCCGUGUCGAGAGGACUGGCCGUGGUGUGUCUGUCCAGGCGUCCACCCUGGGUUCGCUCGAGGCUCUGCUGGACUUCCUCAAGGACUGCAAGAUCCCCGUGGCCAAUGUCGGCAUCGGCCCCGUCUCCAAGCGAGAUAUCAUGCAGUGUGGUAUCAUGCUGGAGAAGUCGCCCGACCACGCGGUCAUGCUCUGCUUCGACGUCAAGGUAGAGAAGGAUGCCCAAUCAUAUGCGGAUGAGAAUGGCGUCAAGAUUUUCACAGCCGACAUCAUCUACCACCUCUUCGACCAGUUCACGAAACACAUGGACGACCUGCUUGAGAAGAAGAAGGAGGAUUCCAAGAUGCUGGCUGUCUUCCCCUGUGUGCUCAAGCCUGUGGCAGUCUUCAACAAGACAGGCCCUAUCGUCGUUGGUGUCGAUGUGGUAGAGGGCCAGCUGAAGGUCAACACGCCUAUCUCGGCUGUGAAACACAAUCCUACUACUGGUGUGAAGGAGAUCAUUGCCAUGGGCAGAGUCACAUCAAUCGAGAGAGAACACAAGCAAAUCCCAGUCUGUAAGAAGGGCCAGCCCUCUGUGGCCGUCAAGAUCGAGAUGGGCGGGCACCAGCCAACAUACGGGCGGCAGCUCGAGGAAGGGGACACGCUGUACAGCGCAAUCUCGCGGGCGUCCAUCGACUGCCUCAAGGAGUUCUACCGCAAGGACGUCUCCAACGACGAGUGGCAGCUGAUCGUCAAGCUCAAGCCUCUGUUCGACAUCCCCUAG